CGGAAUCGCAGUUGGUUCUGCGUUCGAUUUUCUCUAUCGUCUUGGUUGCUACUUUCGUACUACCUUCAGUAGCUUCAUAAAACAAGUAGCUAAAUUUUACGGCGCUUAAGUAUCCUCUUGCGCGUUGUUCACGGAAGAGCACUCUACUACAUUAUGGAUCCGUCGCACAGCCUGCGCCGGCCGCUGUGUCCAUCCGUACUCUUGCUGCUCGAAGAGCGCUCUCUGGCAAGUGUCUAGGCGGCCGAUGUGCUGCGACAAGAAUACAUUCUGUCAAACAAUAAAUUGGUCUCGACUGUGCAGAACGGUUGAGAGACAACCCGACAGCAGCUCCGUCCGCCUGUCGUCGGCCGCUGCAGAAGUGGAACGGCACGGCUAUCUCAGUAUCACCGUCCUCAAGUAACCGAGAAUACUCAAAGAAACAUCUCUGAAAGACGCAAAGGCGCUGAACGCUCCAAUCAGCGGCGGAACAGGGGUGGAGCUGCUGCGACCCCCCGAAUUUUCUCGAUAAAAGUUUCGAGUGUAAGUUGCAAAGCCGUGCACUCUGCGGAACGAUUAGGGGAGAACGUAUUGGCUGGCAAGUCCAGUCGUUUCGACGCCUGUACUGCAACAGGACCUACACCCGGUCAGCACUUUAGUGCCGUUCCGCGAACCGACAAAGGAGGACAACCGUUCUGAAGAAGUCAAGAUAGCCGAGUCAUAGAGCGGAACCCAUUGUUUUCUAGUGCCGACGACUUCGUAAUUCUGAGUACCUAAAAGUCGACAAGGAAGAUUUACGUGAAAACAAAACACGCGUAACAAACGGUCUCGGGUGCCGGCCCAUACCCUCGUAUCACAGUCACGAUUUUCAAAGUCGCGGUUUCUGCGUGUCCCGCUGUGACAAGAUCAAACGUGGACUUCCAGACAAGAUCGCAAGGCCACCGUGCACGGGACGUUUCGUCACCAGAAGUGCAGACCCUGCAGGAAGCGGCAUCGGCUUGCACAGCUUACUUUACUUCUGCAAGAAUUGGCUUUGGCGGCAAGAAAAAGCAACGGCGGACAAGUAGAGCUCUUCUGCAACGUCGGUACUACUUGUAACUCCGCAAGUUACCAGCGAUGUCGGAAGAAGCUGCGGCAGCACCUGCUCCCGAGGAGGGAGCUCCGGCCGAGGGGGCCGAUGCCGGGGCAGAGCAGCCCGGCGAGGAGGCAGCGCAAUAUCACACUGCAAAUUCGGCCCUUUCGCUUUCGUCCUAUGAUUUGCAUGCGCCUGAAUUUCUUGUAUUUUCAAACAGAAGAUAAAAAUCCGAGGUGGCAGGCUUGCGUAAUGGAUCGUAUGUACUACUUGCAGAUCUAGAAACAAAUGUUGAUGGUCAGCUCUACAGGACCGUUUCCAUCGUUUUUGAUCUGUGUCUAUGCUCAUGAUUACAGAUCACAGAGCCUCGAAUUUUCAAGACACGACGUUCUUCAGGGGACGAACAAGAUGGGCUGUAUUGCAGGGUGAUACGCGGGAGGUGGGCCUCACGGAGGUGGAGAUAAUGGAGAAGAUGGGUCAGCUGCCGCUGGACGAGGACAUGCCGGGCAUGAAGGCGUUUUUCAUGAAUACGGAAAAUUACAUGAAAUACAAAGUGGUGGUGCAGCAGGAAAAGAGUAAAGAAAUCUUCUUCUCCGGAAAAAACGCCAUGCCGUAUGUAGGGAAAAUCCACCUGCAAUAAAUCGCAAUCAUUCACCAUCGAGAAAAAAUAUCACCAAGAAGAAGCAGCAAGGUCUCUCUGCGGACUAUAUGGCAGAACGCUAUACUAUUCAUUGUUUGCAUUCGUCCCGUCAUUGGUGACACCAGCAGCAGUUACGAAAACCAACCUCUCCCCUUCACGAACUUUAAACUCAUUCCGUUGGAAAGGCAUUGAUUUCUGUAUGUGCAAAAAUUGUGAUCGCGCUUAUUGCUGUGGAGUUUUUCCUUUCCAUAAACUAUACGUCUUCAUCAACAAGCAGGAGCAGCUAUCGACAUGAAAAACUCUACACCGACUACUGUGCGAAGAAGGCGUCGGUCAAGCCGCAAAAAUGUUGACCUCGCAGGAUCGAUAUUGUCUGACGAAGAAUUUGUUUGCAUACGUUCAUCGUGAAAGUUAAAAUUGAUAUGAUUUUGCAGAUCCAGAUGCAAUCAUGUCACCUCGCAUGUGCCCGCGUAGUCGCGUUGGCAAGAAUUUUCACUGCGAUAGCGCCUCGACGAUAUUGCGAGGGUAGGAUUCUACUCCGACUUCCACGCGCACGAGAAGGAUCUGAUGAAGUACUCACGCAUAAUUUCGUGCUGCUUUUUGAUGAUUAAGGCGUUUUUAAUGAGGUUUUACGUUUCUUUACCCCCGUCCACAAUCAGAAAAUGUAAAUGAGUCGAUAGUUAUUUGUGAUUGACAGUGCAGUGCUUCUACAUAUGAUUUUCGGGAAACACUACAGAUAUACGCUCGAGUUUAUGCUGCUGGUCAGGGACAGCUAUGACAUUGAAAGCAAUAUUCCGAAAGGCAACGACCCUACUUGCGACCUGGCUGUUGUUUGGUUAUAAUCCGACAGUGCUUCUUCACUACUGUUUUGCUGACAGUGACAUGAGCAUCUGUGGAGGCAAAAUAAUCAAUAGAUCAAGCGUCUGCGUUUUUUGCAAAUCUAGGGUCGUGCAUUUUGAGGACGUGCUUUUUCAAUUUCAUACCAGCAAGCGGGUCUUCGGGGACAACUUCGUGUGGUGCCAGACCGUCCCAGCAUAUGAAGCCAUGGUCGCUGUGAUAGAGGUAAGGCUGACAUACGGUUUUGUCACAUCGAUCAUCUAUGACCAGCUUUGAUACGGGUUCACGUCUAAGUACUACGUGCUGGUUUCUCCAGCACAAUACUGGAGCAACGAAUUUUUUUGUCCACGAGAAGAGGAACGCGCGUAUGUUUAUUCGAAAAUUUCUGUCAGGAAAAAAAAGAGGCUAUCCAAGCGGAGUAUCUGGCUUCCCUUAGCGGGGCUGGCGGUGCCGGCGACGCAGUGGAAGGGGGCGCAGGCGGCGACGGUGCUGCGAGUGGUCCAGCAUAUGUGUUACCCAUUGCAGAUGAGUCAGUGUCACGGUCACGGAUGAAAUAAGCGCAGAAAAUUUUCCCAGUUUGUGUUGCUGUGUUGAAUUAUCGUCGAAAGUGAAGAGGUCUGCAUCGCAACGCCAGCUGAGCAGUACAGGUGUCGUUGUACCCUGCUGUCGUGCAGCGCAAGCCUGUUUUUACCAGUAAGUACCACUAUCCAUCGCAGAAAAGCUCUGGCAAGUUUUGCAAGCUCACUGACACGGCUCUAUUUGCAAUUGAUUUGUGUUUAAGGAAGACGAAACGGUUUUUGUCAAGGACGAGCCAAUAACGGUAUCCAAAGAAAAACCGUGCGAGUUCGCCGUCGCGCCUACCAGUGGCGGAGCCUGGGGAGAAAAAGAAACUCAAAAUCGAAACGAUACGCUUUUGUCAUGGUAGUUGGAGUUGCAUUUUUCACCAGUUGAGUAAGGAGGCUGAAGGUACAGCCAUCCAGCACUCGGGUCAACGCUACUCUGUACUAAAAACCGACUGUAGACUACUAGCAGAUCCGUCUUUCACCUGGCUGGUUCUUUCUCAUCCCUCUCGGUAAUUGCCGCCGGCAGGUGCCGCGUUUUUGCAAUGCAUACUCACCACGGAAUUACGUUUCGGAGACGACGCAGACUACCGUAGAAGAGGUGGACGGGAUGACGGUAUUAAGUAGGGGAGAAACUCUGACUUCGAUCGUUCGCAUGACCACAGGGACAUCACGUUCUGUGAUGCAGGUACUUACGAGGCGAACUAACAUUUUGCUCCUAAAAUUGUCAGGUGAAGAACACGCGUCCGCUGCUAAAAGUGAUGAUUGCGCGACAGAGGAGUUUUUUCGGAGAGGCCAAAAAAUACAACGACAACGCCGAGAGCUCGGUACAGCACAAGCCACAGAAGGAUCCCAAUUUCAACCUGCUACGGCGGGAGCUAGACAAGGGCGUGCAGGCAGUACCUGUGGUCUCGGAGGGCAACUGUCAGACGCACGCGGGGCGCCCAAAAAACGCCAACACGCAGUACGCAGCUGACGACUUUGGAGAGAAAGAAGAUGUACGAGCAAUUUUAAACCGUGUUGUUCACGAUGGUUGAUGAAAUUUAGAAUCUCGUACGUUGUAAGGCAGGUCUGUUCUUUUGAUGCCCGGCAGACGCAGUAUGAUGUCACCCCUACAAGAAAAAUUGGCAACAAGAAGUUGAUCAACUGUUUUGGUGAUGGUUCAUGAUGGACAGACGUGUUUAUUUUGUCCGGCUUGUUCGUGCAAAAAAAAAAAUUCAAGCUACUCCCUACCCUUUCGCAGGUAGCCGUAACGCAGGUGGAGUCUCUGACCGAGUUUUUGCGGCGCGUCUUCGAGCGCGUUGACAUGGCGCUACAGCAAAACGAAACCGUCGACCUUUUCGCAGAAGAGUUUGCAGGCAUGGGGGACGACGACGGUAUGGGCCCUUUAGGCGGGAUAUCACAAAAAAGAAACUUCUCAGAAGGCUAGUCGAGAUAGGAAAUGCUUUGUGAUUUCGCAGCGCAGUCGACGAUAAAAGUAUUACUCGAUAGCAAUUUUGUAGUGAAGGCUCCAGCAAGAGCAGGCGCACGCCUGAGGCAGAAAGAGAUGACUUCACCGAGAUUUGCAUGAACAACUCGACACAUUUUUGCGACCGUAGCGCAAGUAUUUCGGGUCCUAAGUUAUUGGGGCGAAAAAGAUGAAUAGAACACAGCAAGGAGAAAAAAAGGAAAUCGCGUAAGAGAAGUGAAAAAGAAAUAACUAUUCAGAGCUGAGAUUAUUCUUCGAUAGCGGUUUCUGUUGUGAUACGGGAAGGCAAGUUCCAACAUAAAAGAGCUCCGGAACUUCCACGACGUGGCGUUCACGAAGGACAAGCGCAUCCAGGCAACGAAAUGGGUCCCGGGCAGCUCGUAUCAAAUGUAAAAAUGUCUGGGUCUGGAAGAAUGCAACUUGUGAUGCUGCAUUUGGAUUCCAAAAAAAUUUGUAUUGCAUGCGUACCAAGGGAAAGGCAAUUUUUGCUACGCUGAGAAGGCAUUUGUCAUGCGGAAUACGCAUCAAGAGGCCCUCAAAAAAUCUGUAUUGCUAGGGGAUGCAUCACAGACAACAUGGCUCAUGCAAAACGUGCAUGACAAGUGUCAGAAUCUUCCAGACCCAGACACUUUUGCAUUUGAUAGCUCGGAGCUGCUGGCGGUCUCCUGUGUGGACACGUCUUCCGACAAGACUUUGGCCGCCACAAAGGCCGCUACCAGCUACGUGCUUUUGUGGAGCUUUGCCGACGCGCUAGCACCGCACGCGAGUCUGCUCAGUCCCUACGACGUCAGCAUAUGCAGGAAAAACUAGCGCAGUAUUUAUGUCGUCACAGCCUACAUCGCAGGCGAAAUAAGUACUUUUAGUAACUUUGCAAUAGCUCCUGUUGCGUUAUUCGUAUUCCCCUGUCUCGAUGAACCACAAGUAGAUCUUCACCACGACCUAUCAUCAUAAAUAAAUAAAGUAAAAGUUUGCGAUGAAGGCUUUCCUUUCGAUGCAACUGCCUCCAGUUCUACCCUGGGGACCGACACUACCUGAUCGGUGGUUUGGCGAAUGGGCAACUCAUCAUGUGGAAGUUCUCACCCGCGGACUUGGGGUAAGUAAUGACUCUUUAGUUGUGAGGGGAAUGAAAAUUGAGCUAGAGAAAAUCAAAGAAAUUUUCUCGUGCUGAAAACACAAUGCUUUUUCUGUUUGAUUGUCCGUGCCACGAGAUAGAAAAUAAUUACAAGAAAACUACAAACAGAGCGACGAAAAAUGUAAGCUCAAAAGUCGAGGACGAUAGUGGGGGACAAAACUUGGUGCCACAGAUAACACACAAAACGCUUUCAAUAAUAGACGACAGUCACAAGAAGCCAGUGUCCAGUAUGUGCUGGCUGCCACCGAAGAUAACAAUAGAAGGAAAAAAAGGUAUUGAGGGCGUUUUUUUGAUAAACGGUCUGGUCUCAGUUCCAAGCAUCAUGCUACUCCUCGAAGUCUACUUUAGUAUACUUGCUUCUUGCUUGUCCACCUGUCGUUUCUCGUAUCAAAACAAAAACAAAAACACACACACGCACAGCCAAGACCGGCGACAAAGGUCCGGAGGACGGGCCUAUAAGGUAUUUGUGCACAAUAGCGGGAGACGGCCAAUUUCUCAUUUGGGACUUUGCCGCAGCAAAGCAGGCGUUUGAAGAAAACGAAACAGAUUUCCAGUGGAAGCCAGGUACGAGGUGAAGCAUCGAUUCCGUUUUUUUUGUAAUCGGGCCUUUAAUGUGAUUUCGGCGAUAUAAUUUGUGUUUCAGAUCAAUUGAAUCAGAGCGAAGUAUGCACUGCAUCUCUUCUCAAGCUGCAUUGGAACGAACUGAAAAUGAAAUUGAUAAUAGACUUGCUACACGUUGGCCCCUUAUUGAAACCUCAGUUCAUCGCGUGCAGCUUUCAAGGCAGGACUCAGGGACAGAAAUGGGCUGCUGUGAGGUCAUGUACUGCGACCAGCCUGUCGGAGACCCGUCCAUCGGCAAUUUCUACGCCUCGACCGAGGAGGGAGAACUCAUCUACGCCGAUAUCCCGGGCAAAAUAGGCAGCUCGCCUAACCCUUUAUAAGCACAAGCAUUCUUGAUUAUUAUACUGGUCAGUAUUGUUGCGCUUGCGACAGCGUGUGCAGUCGCCUGUCUUAUGCACCUCUUCACGACAGGGACAGUCUACAGGUAUUUCAUGUGAUACCGCCUGGUGAACAUCUUCACUUGGUGAGUACAUUUCGCGCCGUUCGGAUGCACGUUUGUCGUGCACGAGCAAGCCCCAGCACUUAUUUCGCAGUUGUAUAGCAUCCAAAGUUGCCACUUGUACUUGUAGAAUUUCGUUAGUAUUCGCAGGACCCUUUUUUGCACCGGAUAGGUGACUGGACGGCACGAGGGGAGGAGGACCGUAAGCCCGAGUACGUAAAGAAACUCGUCAGUGUGUCCAAGACCUUCCGACCCAUGCUAAGCUUGGAGAGGAGCCCCAUAUUUCCGAACAUGCUGCUCGGUAUCAGUAUCUUGCGGACCACUUGCUGCUUCCUUGUGCUUCUCAGCUGCUUUCUCAGACAAACAAACAAUUUUUUAUCAUUAUGGGGUGCCGAGCGCUUUUUCAUGUGCAUUUCGUCUCAUAACUUCGUAAAGCGGAGUCCUCUAAAAUUACAGGUGUGUGCGACUGGAGCUUUUACAUAUGGAACGACACACUAACGGUCUUCGCAUCACCAUCAGUACGCACAUGAGCUGCAACCGCGCACCAUUUGAACGGAAGCGAAACUCCUUGCCAUGAAGUAACCCGCGAGUCUCCUCGCACGAUGAAUUAGUGAAUGACUUCAUAGACUCGCACACGGUGACCAAGACAGCAGUACAACACUGUGUUUGUAAUCUUUGGUAGCAAAGCUGCUGCGCAAUCCCAUUUCUAGUACAAGCGCCGGGACAUGAGCCCACACCAGAUAUCUGUGCUGAAAGAAUAGUAUUGGCAGCCACCACUUCGCUUCCGUUUAUGGAUUGCAAAAAUGUCUGGGUCUGGAAGGAUGUAACUUGUCAUGCUGGUCUUGCACUCCUGUGAAAUCUGUAUUGCGUAACCAACAAAAAUGGUAGCCUCUCAUGUCAUACAAAAACGCAGUUUCUCAUGCGGACUUCGGAUGGGAAAGCGUUCUGCAAACUUGUCAUGGUUUUCUGCAUAAGGAAGUGUUUUCCUCUUGCACAUUUUAGCAUUACAAGUUUCCAGACCCAGACAUUUUUGCAAUCCAUACCGUUUCAGUCGUGACGAUUUUCUUCGCCACUCUCUCCGUCCGCGUAUUUCACCUGCGGGUGCUGGUCCCCAACAAGGAGUUCUGUCGUAUACCUCGGUAGAAUGGACGGGUUCGUGGAGGUGUGGGACUUCAGCGACCAGAGUCACAAGGCCAGCCUCGCCUUCAGCGUCAGCUCCAGCGCGAUAUCGAGCAUGUGCUUCCACCCCGAGGUACGGCUCUGGUUAGGAUCUUUACAUACAACUUGGCGAGUAGAAGUCCUACUUGAGAUAGUGAUGUAUGUGCGUGUCGCUUCGCCAGUAGUACAAAAUGGACUUCUAUGAAUUUGAUGAGAAAUGAGAAAUAAAAUUGCAAAAACGUUGAAUCAGGCGGAGACGAAGGAUAUGCUAGCUGUGGGCGACGCUGAUGGGCACCUGCACGUAAUGCAGCUGCCAAAGAAUCUCGUCCGCAGUAGCAGCAAGGAGGUUGUUAUGCUCUGGGGGACUAGUGUCAAAAGCAUCGUCAUACGAGGCACAGAAGUACUCGUUGGAUAAUGCAAACUAGACUGUCUCGCUCAGUAUCUUCGGUCUGCCUUUAUUUCCUGCGCGGUACUGCAGUUGCGUGUCUGUUUCAUUGCGCGAAACGAGCUGCCUGCUCAUGAGCGAAAUGCAGUCUCGCCCGGGUAAAAGAUGUAAAGAAUUUCUUGUACUAGCAAAAAGCUGUAAUGCGAAGGUCAAUCUGUUAGUGGAAGAUGACGGCUGCAAGACCAGAAGUGAAUAUUUAUAAGAAGCCCAAGACGUAGAGUAAAGUAAGUACUUAGCGCAGCAUGCUCAAUUUUCUACGCCAACUCGUGUGUACAACUACGAUGCACAAAUUUGUGAUCCAUAGCGCAGAUGAUGGAGCAGUUUUUGCAGCGGGAGGAGGCCGCGGUGGUCUACUUCGACAAGCGAAAACAGGUGCUCGGGGACCUGGCCGAAGAACUGCAGAAGCAGGAGGGGGUGGUGCAGGAAGAGGAGGCCGCAACGAAGUCGCACGAGGAGAUUCUGGCGUUGAAAAUCGAAGCCAUGCAGGCCAAGUACAGGUCGUUCGAAACCGAGAUGAAGAUCCAGAUCGCCGAAGAGGCCGAGGCGGCCGAAAAAGCAAAGAGCCCCAAGGGGAAGAAAUAAUUCGUUGUGCCUUCCUCGCGGACAACAUACAAAAACCAUUGGAAUCCGAAAAGUUCAAAUUCACCUGCUAAAGUUGCUUUCAUGUAAAAACUCAACCAUCUUGUUUUUCGUGUGCUUGGUGAGAGCCUGAUCCGGUUGUACCAACACUGGAUUUUUGGACAUUUUUCACUCCACUUCACAUACGCGCCCCCGUCAUCCCCAAUGUACUCCCGAACCUGAUGUAAGAAGCAAGAAAGUAUCGUCCCACCACCACCUCCCGUUGUAUCGUCGACCCGGAGUUUCGCUUCUGCUCCCCUGCCUGUAGGUGCGAUAAAACCCAACUUUUUUCGAAAAGUGUAAGAACACUCUGUAAGAACGAGCGCCGUUCAGAAUUCAUCAUUCAGUGCACUUCGCAUUUCGAAAUCCAAAUCUAGUAUUCUGAUAAGAUACGCCAAACUUUUAUUCAUUCACUCACUCGCAAAGAAGAGAAGAAGAACAAAAUUUAUGUUACGGAAAGAAGAAGAACGCGAUCUGGUAGCAUUGGCCGGAACGUUUGGUAUAUCAACUGAUGUGUGACCAUUUUAAUUGAGGCAAUAACUCGCUGCCUUUUUCAUCUUGGUUGUCUUGCUUCGCUCCUCGCGCCCGUGUUUCUUGGAAACUUCUCUCUAAGAUUUUCCAAUUUGGACCGGCGUGGUUUUAUAUUAAUUUACAUGGGCGUCGUCUUCUCCUCUUCACGUUCACGACCA